UUUGGUUUAGUGUGGGUGCGUCUUGCAUUUGUAUGCUAUGACUAUGUUAGUGCUUUUUGGUGUUUGUAUGUAUUUCUGACGCCGUUGUUAGUUGCCUGUCAUUUCUCUAAUUUUGGAAUUCAUCACUAAAAGUCACCAAACUGUGGUCUUUAGGCUGGCAGAAUGCUAAAAUUCAUAAGGGGGAAGGGUCAACAGCCCUCUGCUGAACGGCAGAAACUUCAAAAUGAACUGUUUGCAUUCCGCAAGACAGUGCAACACGGCUUUCCACACAGAGCGUCGGCCCUCGCGUGGGACCCGCUACUUCGGCUGGCCGCGCUCGGCACCGCCACUGGAGCCCUCAAAGUGUACGGUCGCCCCGGCGUAGAAUUGUACGGACAACACACAAAUCCAGACUCUGCUGUAACCCAAAUAUACUUUAUAUACGGCACAGGUCGUCUAGUAUCACUAUGCGACGACAACAGCUUACACCUCUGGGAAAUAAACGAGAAGUCACUCGUGGAGCUUAAGUCUCACACACUAGAGGGCAAAAACAAGAGGAUAUCAGCCCUCUGUGUGGAGGCCAGCGGCAAGGGCCUGCUGCUGGGUACCGAGGCCGGCAACAUAUACAACCUGGAUCUCAACACCUUCACACUGCACGAGGAUGUUAUAUACCAGGAUGUUGUUAUGCAAAACUGUCCAGAAGAUUUCAAAGUAAAUCCAGGAGCAGUGGAGUCGAUAUGCGAACACCCUAAAGUACCGACACGCAUUCUGAUCGGCUUCAACCGCGGCCUGAUCGUGCUGUGGGACCGUACUGCCGCAUCGCCCACACACAGCUUCGUCUCCAACCAACAGCUGGAGAGCCUCUGCUGGAAUGAUGACGGCGAACAUUUCACAUCGUCUCACAACGACGGGUCAUACGUGACAUGGGAGGUGGCGGGAGCAUCAAGCGACAGGCCCUUAAAGGAGCCCAUCACUCCCUAUGGACCUUACCCAUGCAAGGCCAUCUCCAAGAUCCUCAUUAGGACUAGUGUGGACAACGAUGAGAUCAUCAUAUACGCUGGUGGUAUGCCACGAGCUUCAUAUUCCGACAAAUAUACAGUGACAGUACAGCAAGGCGACAAGCACGUGGCAUUCGACUUCACAAGCCGUGUGAUAGACUUCUUCACGACGACGCCGGUGCCGCCCGACGGCGCGCCGCUUCAGGAGGAGCGGCCCGACACGCCCGCGCUGCUCUCCGCGCACACCGUCAACCAAGUCGCCGCCGCACUGGUGGUAUUGGUAGAAGAGGAGCUUGUCGUGAUCGACUUAUGUGACGCGCGCUGGCGGCCGCUGCGCCUGCCCUACCUGGUGUCGGUGCACGCCUCCGCUGUCAUCACCGCGCAGCUCGUUGACAACGUCGCUAACAAUGUCUACGAUAAUAUUGUUGCCGCGGGGCAGCAGCAAACGGAGAAUAUGUACUCUGAGGGGGCGUGGCCUAUCUCCGGAGGCGUGGUGGAAGGCGGGGAGGCGGGCGAGCGACAGCUGCUGCUGACGGGGCACGAGGACGGCUCCGUGCGCUUCUGGGACGUCAGCGGCGUGCCCAUGACCCCCCUCUACAAGUACACCACUGCACAUUUGUUUUGCGGACUGAAACGAUCGAGGACGAGCGGUGAAGAUAUAGGCGAGAACAAUGACAGUCAAAACGACGAGGAGGAAUGGCCGCCUUUCCGACGUGUCGGUACAUUUGAUCCCUACAGCGAUGAUCCGAGACUAGGCGUUAAACGAGUCAUCCUUUGUCCCUUAUCGGGUAUGCUUACGAUCGGUGGAGCGGCCGGACACAUUAUCGUAGCCAGCCUCAAGACGACCCCCAGCACUGCUGAAGUUAAAUCGAUGUCAGUGAACAUCGUGUCAGACCGGGACGGCUUCGUGUGGAAGGGGCACGACCAGUUAACACUCCGCGCUGGCACUCACACCUUCCCACAAGGAUACCAGGCAAGCGCGGUGGCGCAGCUGUCGCCACCGGCGGGCAUCACGGCGCUGGCGGCGCAGUGGGAGUGGGGCGUGGUCUGCGCCGGCACCGCCCACGGCCUCGCGCUGCUGGACGCGAUCACCGCCACCCCGCUGCUGCACCGCUGCACCCUCAACCCACACGAUUAUUCUGGCGCCGGAGACACGCCAAUAUCGAGACGGAAAUCCUUCAAAAAAUCCCUCCGAGAAUCGUUCCGACGUCUAAGAAAAGGAAGGUCGCAGCGGCGGCAGAAUACAUCCUCGAGCCCCACCUCCCAGUCACAACCAGCGGCAAAGAAACCAGCGGACAAGAUAUCGGAAACAGAUGCAGAGGUGAAACCAGUAGAGCGGGCGGUGGAGGCGCGCUCUAACGAUGGCGCGUCAGGCUCCAUUGUGCGCUGUCUGUACUUCGCGAGGACAUUCCUUAUCAAUACACAAAAUUCAACGCCGACGCUGUGGGCGGGCACCAACAACGGCACUGUGUACGCCUUCACACUAAACGUACCCAACACAAACAAACGGAAAGAAGAACCCGUGACGUGUCAAUUAGCAAAGGAAAUCCAACUGAAACACAGAGCCCCUGUUAUUGGCAUCACAGUGUUAGACGGAGCGUCAGUGCCGCUGCCAGAUCCUUUAGAGGUGGAGCGCGGCGUGUCGGCGCUGCCGGAGGCGGGCACGCACCGGGUGCUCAUCACCUCGGAGGAGCAGUUCAAGGUGUUCACGUUGCCGUCGCUCAAGCCCCACAACAAGUACAAGCUCACUGCGCACGAGGGUGCCAGGGUGCGUCGUACAGCGUUCGCGUGGUUCGAAUGUGUGGCGGGCGGUGAGAGACACCGCGAGUGGUGCUUGCUGUGCCUCACCAACCUGGGCGACUGCCUCGUGCUCAGCCCCGAGCUGCGCAGACAGCUCAACGCCGCCGCCGUGCGCAAGGAGGACAUCAACGGCAUUUCAAGUCUAUGCUUCUCGAAGCGUGGCGAAGCUCUCUACUUGCACUCGUCCUCUGAACUGCAGAGGAUUACGUUGUCUGCUACUAAGGUAACGAUAGCUCAAUGCCACAUCCUGCUGGCGCCAUGGGCGGCCGCGCUGCGAGGACCCGCCGAGGAUACGCCGCUAACCAACGGUGAACACAAGGAGGAGACAGCGGAGACGGUGCACGACGUGACGGCUGCGUCGGGGGACAUCACGGUGGACUCUGUGCGUGACCACACCAACGCUGACCCCACAGAGCUCAACAUCAACUUGCAGAAUUCGCAAGUGAACACAAGUUCCUUGGUGGUGAAGACUACAACAAGGACGACAAUCAACGACGGCAAUGCAGACGCGACAACAACAACCACAACAACAAACAAUACGACCAAAGAAAAUAUCCUAGAGCACAGUCGCGAGGAGGGAGUCAUCACGCGUAUUGAGACGGGAACGAUAACGGUGCCGGCAGGAACAGACCCCAAGCUGAUCCUCGAGAUGUUUGACCGCCAGAGGUCGCCGCUCGCCGUGCCAGUGCCCCCCACACCAACACCCACCGAGACGCAUUAGGACACGCCCCCAACACGAAAACAUACGCCCCCAACACGAUAACACACGCCCCCAAAUACAAAAACGCCUAUACUCGUAUGUACACACAUUUUUUAUUGUAUCCGAUACAAAAUAUCGAUUUUAUAUUUGACUUUAACAUUGACUAUAGAAUCAUGUUCAUAAUAAAUAUUGUUUUUAAGAUGUCUAAUGUCAUCGAAUUAUUAGAUAAUUAUUGUGCGCAAAACAUUUCAAUACUAAAACAGCUAAAAAUACUGCCCAGAGCUUUGAAUAUUUAAAUAUAUAGAUUGAAUAUUAUUUUAAAUGCUAUCCUUUUUUUU